AUGCUCCAAGCGGGGGAGCUUCAACCCGGCGACACAGUGCGGGCUGCGGAAGAUGAUGACCAUAGCUGGAGCAGCAUGAGCAGGGACGAGGUGUGCCUGAUCCAAGCAGCGCUGCAGCGCGCCAAGCAGCAGCAGCAGCAGCCCCGCAUGCUUGCUGACUCCGCUUUCACCGACCCGGCUUCCACCCCCGGCGAGAAGCGAACGCUGUGGGAGCCCCACCCGGCCUUCAGUCCGGAGGAGCACGCAGGGAGAGGGGUGGGACUCGCUGGGCCUGUUGCAGCAGCAGGGGCGAGGCAGAUUACCGGAAAGAGUGCUACAGAGAAGCAACGGCGAUCCAGAAUCACAGAGUGGCGAAAGGCCCUCAAGGCAGCGAUACCAGCAGAGGUGCUUGUGAGGCAGCAGGGGCGGGCGGGGUUCAACAAUCGCACGCAGAUAGCCACCCUGCUGGAGGCAGCCGUGGGGUUCAUUGAGGGCAUGCACGAGUACAAGCGGGAGCUGCAGCGGCAGCUGGAAACCUUGUAA